GUACAAUGUCUUGUUCCUGACUCAUCCUACUCUGAAUGUCUGGACGUGCGCCGAAAACCACAGGGGAGCUUAUCAUUGUCCACCAGGAAUGCCGGGCUAGCCGGAGACAAGCCCGAGCCCACUUGGCGCAAAAUGGGAUCAGAAAGAGGAUCCAAAAGCAGCGCGGAAGGGACAAUGGUAGUCAGCCCCCCCAAUACUCAACGGUUGAAGCUACCCCUAGUCUGCCAGCAACUGUUGCAUUGUCGGGAUUUUCGAUGGUGGAGUACUUGAUCUCCACCAACAUCUUUCCCGACCUGAGCAGCACAUGGGGCGUGAGCCCAACCGUCUGUCCUGGACCUGCAAACCUGUCGCAUAGUCUUUCGCGAGCUUCCGACGUACUUGAAUCUAUUUUUCGCGCCAACCUUGCGUUUCAUUGGGUCGAUCUCAAUCUAUGGACAACUACUGAGGAAAAGAGGAACAUGAAAGUUGCUGCCCUAACGUUCCGCGGACAAGCAAUCGCGUUGGCCCGGAAGGAGCUACUUCGUUGUGGUUCAUCUCGCGGCAUAGGUGGUGAUAGCAUUCAACUUCAAGCCCAUCCGACAAACCGAGAGGUUUGCUUCGGUAUUGUGCUGCGACUGCUCCAGCUCGACUACCGGUUUGCGCGAAGCGACGUCCUGCCCCAUUUCGCGGCAUGCCGGCAACUGCUCAGAGGGACCUCAGUUAAAAACUUGCCUGAGGACCGAUGCUCAAUGGAAGGUUUGGCAUCUACCAUUCGUAACCCUCACCUCCACCACCUCAUGAUCACGUUUGAGUGUAUCAAUUGUACUCCGAACAGUGUAAUCUGGGAUGAUGGAGACUUAGAUUGUCUUACAAAACGUUUGUCUGAAUUUGCCAAUUGCCUCAGGGAGCGUAACAUAGUAUCUACGGAGCAGAGGACGUUGGAAGAAUCUCUUCCGUCAGCACCCCCAAGGGUCUCGCCGCACACCAUCUUAUGGCGAUGUCUCACAAAGACCCCCGCUUCAAUUGCAUCCAACAUAUACCGCGACGUCUCUGAACUGAGCGCACAACUUGGGGCACUUUUGCUUAUUUGUUCGGUGUUCCUGGACUAUGAAGAUGACUCUCAAGGUGUAGAUCCUUUACUGCCCUCCCAAUGCAUUGACGAGUUGGAAAACGCACUGUUUGCUCUCGGCGAAGAGGACGCCGUAUCCAGUGCGCUGAAUACAUCCUGGCUCCUCGCUGGCGGGCUGGGACUGCCCCUGACCCAACGUCGAUCCCGCCUGUGGUCCGUAUCCGGGAUGCUAUACGCGCUCAAGCGAUCUUCCGGGCAUGAUGGAGUGGUGAAUGCCAGGAAUGUUAAGGAGGUUUGUUUGGAGUUUCUAAGGAGCCCCCGGAAAGGCCCGUGAGCGGGUUGUUGCGUAGUACUUCAGAGUAUUAUUUCCCUUUUUCAUCGCAUUCCAUUCGCCAAGCCCCUAAACCUGAAUAGGAAAUUUCCUAAACGGGCAAGUUAUCGUCUAGCCCUCAAUGAGCGUCUCAACAAAAACCAUGGCUGGU